UUACAUUUUAUGAAAUGUCUGAGUACGCUCCUGUGUGAACACCGAUUUUGUUUUCAAAUUUCCAUCAUGUAUUAAUUUAAAAAUUAAAUUAAUAAUGAUAUAAAAGAAUAAUCAUGUCGUAGUGAAAAAUCAGUGGAUAAAAUGUUAUCAAGAUGUUUGGAUUUAAACGUACUUUUGUGAAAAUUAUUCUACUCUUGUUAUUCGCUAUUCAAUUCUGCACCUUCGGUAGUGUUGUUUUAUGGUAUAUUUUAGCUAGUUCUCUCUGUGUUGUGUGUGCACUGGCUGUGCUUACUUAUGAUCAUGACUACUGGAAGAGUAAGGGAAUAUUCUCCCCCCCUGCCUGGCCGCUGGUGGGUCACAUCAGGACAGUUGUGGCCUUCAAGGAACAAGGCGGUAUGUGCUUCAAGAGGAUCUACGAUACGUAUAAAAAUGAAAAAAUCUUAGGUUGCCAUCAGUUCUUUCAACGCACGCUGGUUGUGCGCGACCCGGAGCUAAUAAAGAAGAUCUGCGUGAACGACUUCCAUCACUUCACUGAUAGAGGUUUCUUCUUCAACGAGGAAGUGGACCCGCUCGCCGGCUCUGUUCUCUUCCUCAGAGGGAAUGAAUGGAAGACGCUAAGAGCGAAGAUAUCACCGAUUUUCUCGCCAAAUAAAUUAAGAGGAAUGUUCCCAAUAAUAGAGAACACAGCUAAAGAAUUCACAAUACGUAUCAAAGAUUUGAUAUCAAAUACCAAAAAUUGUAGACCCCUAAACGACAAUGGUACAGGAACGAAUAUCGAAGAAGUUGAUACAGAAAAUGCAACACUGGUGGAUUCAGAGAAACUUGUCGGAGGUUAUACGGCUGACGCAAUAGUACCUUGUGCUUUUGGACUAAAGAGUACAGUUAUGGACAACCCUAUGGAUCCGUUCGCGGUUGCAUUACAAGCUUUCUACGAAAUGAGUUUGUUCAAUAUAUUUGAAAAGUAA